AUGAGUUUCUCUGUCCUCGAGCAGCUGCGCUCAGCGCAUGAGGACAUUGAGAACAUAGAGAAGGCCAUGAGCAUGGUUUUGAUGGACAAGCACAAAAAUUCCAAGGCUGCAGUGUCAUGCGAACAUGCAAUGAAGUACUUGGUAGAAGCGACCCAGCUGAAGUGCAAGACAGCCAUCGACAUCUACCAGGAUAAGGAUGGCAUGCGCACCGAUGACAUCAAUGCUCUGGCCGGCCAGCGCGCCGAUAAGAAGGGAGGCGAUGUGUGGACUAGCUUCUACGACAAGGUCAAGGAAGUCAAGGACUAUCACCGCCGCUUUUCCGUGAAUCAGGGCCUGCCUGAAGUGCAGAACUCCGAGUGGUUCUACCAGCGAGCGCUUGAGAACGACAAGACGGAGACCCUUUUCUCAGGUGAGGAAGACUACGGGAAGCGUGUAGACAUGCAUGAGCUCUUUGUCACAUACCUCAACCUGAAGAAGAUCUCUACGCUUAGGCGGAACAACUUCAGAGCAGCAACGUACGCGCGGCUGAAGAAGAAGACUAUCGACCUGGAGCCCGAUGAUCCUGAGGUGGAGAAGACAGUGGAGAAGGAGUAUCAUGAGCUGGACUACAUAGAGUGGCUCAAGACCUUCGACCAGUUCCACGAGAUCAGCAGGUAUUGCAAGUACGGUGACAAAAACUACACGGAAUACCUCGAUGGCCUCAUUUCCUACCUGAGAGGGUUCCUGCUGAGGACACAGCCCUUGAUCGAUGUCACCAAGCUCGAACAGCAGUUCGAGAAGGAGUUCGAGGAGCGAUGGGGUGACAAGAGCAUCCCGGGUUGGCAGGAUCCGACCCACAAGGACAAGCUCUUCUGCAUGCCCUCCAACAAGCUCUUCAACAAGGAGGUCCUCAAGACCAACCAUGAGGGCGGAAAGCUCUACAAGAAGAAUCUAGCUCAAAUGCAGAAGCUGAGCUUUGAGGAGCAGAACCAGCUCGUCACAAAAGUGGAGGAGCAGGACAAAGCAGUAGCGCGCCUUGAAAGCCGAGCCGCAAAGUGGCACGACCUUAUGAGCGAUGCCAUCAACGAGACCAUCCAACACCUUCAGAAGAAACAAAGCCAGACCAUCGAGGAGAUGGAGCUCGAGAAGGAUGACUCGGAUGAGGACGAGGACAUGGAAGAUGACGGCGCAGAUGUGGGCUCAAAUGCUGGUGACGACGAGGAGCGGCCCAUCUACAACCCGCUCAACUUACCAUUGGGUUGGGACGGCAAGCCAAUUCCAUUUUGGCUGUACAAGCUCCACGGAAUGGGCAUUGAGUACAAGUGCGAAAUCUGUGGAAACUACUCAUACUGGGGCCGGAGGGCCUUUGAGAGGCACUUCCAGGAAUGGAGACAUGCCUUUGGCAUGCGGUGCCUGAAGAUUCCCAAUACUGCGCACUUCAAGGAGAUCACCAAGAUUGAGGAAGCGAUCACGCUGUACGAGAAGUUGAAGCGUGAUGCGGAGGAACAGACUUUCCGCCCGGACCAGGAUGUCGAGUGCGAAGACAUCCAGGGCAAUGUGAUGAGCCAACGAGCGUUUGAGGACUUGCGAAGGCAAGGGCUGGUGUGA